AUGGACCCGGAGAGCUGCGCGCCUUUCGGCGUGGGGCCCGGGCCUCGCCCCUACGCGGCCGCCGGGGAUGAGCCUCCGGGCCCCCAGGGAACCCCGGCCGCCGCGCCUCACCUGCACCCCGCGCCACCCCGCGGCCCGCGGCUGACCCGCUUUCCGGCCUGCGGGCCCCUGGAGCCCUACCUCCCGGAGCCGGCCAAGCCGCCCGCCAAGUACCUGCAGGACCUCGGCCCCAGCCCGGCGCUCAACGGCGGCCACUUCUACGAGGGCCCCGCGGAAGGCGGCCGGAACCGGGAAAGAGAGAUCGUGCUUGGCCGGAGUUGGACUAGAACUGACACCGACCCAGAAGCCCGGACCGGGCCCAGGGCCCGGGCGCCACACUUAACUCUUGGCCCCCAUGCGGGGAGAGGAGCGCGGCUUUUGUGUCUGGCGCCCGCUGAGGGCCCUGAGGCGGGCGCCGACCUACAGUGGCCAAGCCGGGACUCAGCCGAGGGCUGCGGCCUGGCCUCCCCGGGAAAGGCGCUGCUGCCUGCGCCUUAG